GUUGCAUCGGUCAGAAGAGGUAUCUUGGCAGAUGCAAUGGCGCCUGUACAGUUGUCAGCGUGAAAGGCAUUUCCUAGGCGUGUCCGAAAUCCGAUGUGUCUGUAUGUCACGGUGGUGGAUAGCUGGAUACAGCAAACGGUUGGGUGGGUGACGAUGCAGGACGAUCAGACUCGAAGCACAAGUUCAUGCCACUGGCUAUGACAUCUUGGACGGAGUGUCGAGAACCCAUGAUAACAUGAAACAGAGCAGCUGCGGAUCAAUCGAAUGACAGCAGUCACUCUUCUGCAGCAUUGCAGAAAAAGUAGCCAACCAGAGCUGCUUCGGCCUGCGAGAUGAGUACCAUGAUUCAAGAUGACCAGCUCAGAUCAUCCCACUGUACACCUUACGCAAGCUGCACGAGGCGCAGUUUGUUCCAUGCGAGACGUGUACGGUUCAGUGGGUGAGUGGGUGCCGGUCUGCAGUAAAGCGACAAAGCAUGGUGAAUUGACAGCGAGUCAUUGUCGUACUGAGGUAGGCUUGCCGGACAGCAAUAGCCCGUACGAAGCGGGUGAUGGUCCCCAGUGCGGAGUCUGCGAGUGAAUGCUCCCUUCUACCCGCCGGAUAGUGAGUGUGCCGGACUGCUCGCUCGACUUGUCACCGUGCGAAGCUCGCAGAACUCCAUCGACUGAUAGUGCACGCCUCGGCAGAUGCAAAUCGCUAGUACAGUGAAUGUGUACCUGCAGGCCCCCUGGCCUGCAUGGGAUCUGCUCUGGAAGCGUGGCUGUGUUCGUCUCGAACAGGCAAUUGUAGGCCGAUCGUGCGCCGACUGCUGCAUGCCG